AUGCCCGGUAUCCUCUUCGUAUACUCAGAGCCCGGCCCCGCCGUCUCAGAGAACGAGUACAACGACUGGUACGACAACGAGCACGUACCUCUGCGCAUCCCCAUCCCGGGAUUUGAGUCUUGGUCGCGCUGGGUCGCUGCCGACGGUGAGCGUCCGACAUACGGCGCGCUCUACGACCUGUCCUCCACCUCGAUCAUCUCCGAUCCUCCUUACGCCAAUCUGGCAACCACACGCUCCGAACGCGAGAAAGCCCUCAUCCCACGUCUUGCGCUCCUCGACCGCCGCACGUACGCACUCCGCGAGCCCCCCGUCUACCCCUCCUCAUACGGCGCCGCGUAUGAUCCGCUCAAGCCCGGGCCAUACCCAAGCGUAGUGGAGCUCGAGGUGAAGCCGGGGGCGGAAGACGAUUUCAACAAAUGGUACGACGAGGAACACAUACCGAUGCUUGCGAAGGUCCCUGGGUGGGUGCGCAGCCGGCGGUUCGAACUGGAGUUCGCGGGCGCGACCGGGUCGGAGGCGAAGGAGGGGCGCCCGCCGAAGCACCUGUCGAUACACGAGUGGGAGACCCCGGCGGCGUUUGAUACGGUGGAGGUCAAGGCGGCGACUUCGACGCCGUGGAGGCAGAAGCUGCGGGAGACGGCGAUUGUGGAGGCUCGGAGGAGGGUUCUGAAGUUCGUCAGGAGCUGGGAACGCGAGUGA